UUUUUCCAACUGAAUUAGCCUAACUAUGGUAUUUAUAACGAGAACUAGAUGUAACCAAUUAUCUGAAUGUCUGUCAUAUGAUAUCUUGGACGAAAAGUUCAUAAAACUCUGUCACCCGUACCGUGUUGUCCAAAAAAUACUUGGAUCAUGUCGUCUGGACAUCAAAGACCGGUUUGUCACCCCGCCAACAUUGCUACAAAAGUUCUAUACUACGAGUAUCAUCUGCAUUACUAUGACUAUUAUUAUUUCUACUAAAAAUAGAGCUUUGAUAUUGGACUUUUUGAUCAUGGCCACGAUGACUGCUUUGAACAUCUGUUUGCUUCUCUUGCUCAGCAUUCGCAGCGAAAUGUUUCUACGUGAAGUGGACAAAACAAAAAAGCUGUCGAACACUAUUCUGUCUCGUUACUUAGACGGGCCAUUGCGACAGAAAGCUAAGAAAAUGCUGAAAAUAAUAGAACGUGACACUCCCCGCUUCUGCGUAUACAAUAUGUGGUACAUGGACGCACGCCUCUUGCUCAACAUAUUCGCCAUUAUAACAAAUGCUUUUGUCAUUAUCCUACAAUUUUCAUUUACGUGAAGUA